AUGGUUUUAACGGGGGACGGGCAUAGCUCAACGCCAGCGCCGUUCCAAUUGAACUACUUCACAAAUUCUCACACGUGGGAUGCCCACCAGGUCGUGCCUCCUGUGGGGCAGCCAGCGACAACGACGACGACGACGACGACAACGGCGGAAGAUCUACGGCUCCAGGACCUCAAAACGUAUAAGCACUGUCAUGAGAUCUUCGUGGCCUGCAGCGCCGUACCGUCUAAGACCGGAGAGGCAAACCGUCUAACCACUACCGUCACGCUACACAGCCGGGGGCCCGCUAGCAAAAUCGCUCGUCCUUCUGGUUCGCCUCUGACUUCGUAUUCGACUUCACCUUCGCCUUCACUUUCGCCUUCGCUUUCACUGUCACAACCACUCGUAACGUUAACCGUACCGCUAUCGGUCGCGGCGUUCGGCACGGCCUUAACGGAAGUCGGUGGCUUUACCGACCUCGGCGCGGUCGGCCUCCCGGGCGGCGGCGACGGCGGCGUGGUCCAACUAUAUACCGUGCCAAUGUACGGCGAGUACGCUGCUCUAGGACACAUUUUUAGUGACGGCCGCGUGCCUGUAUGGAAGUGGGUGAAGCCGGCGGGCCCGUACGGCCACUAUGGGACAUUGGAGGACGGCCAGUGGCGCGGCGGCACGGACCUGAUGCUGUUAGUGGCCGGCGUGUCGGAGGCGACGCGCCAGUCGCUCGUUGGGCGCCGGUCGAGCUCGCUCAGGGUGUUGACGUGCUAG